AUGUCAUCCAAUGAAGACAAGAAAAGCAAGAACAAGGACCACAGUCUUGAGUGGAUUGGAGAUGGAGCAAAAGGAAAAGAGCCAGAGUCAACAAAUACUGGGGUUGAAUCUUGGGAUUGGGGUGCAGAUGUUGAAUUGGAUUUAGAGGAGUAUGAUUAUGAUAAUGUGCAGCCUAAAUAUGACUCUGAUGAUGGCACUCCAAUGACGGAUAGAUGGCCAGAGUUCAAUCUGGCAACUGACAUGGUAGAUCCAGAGUUUGAGGUUGGGAUGAAGUUCAGUGAUUGUAAAGUUUUUAGAGCAGUUGUGAGAGAACAAUUUAUAAAAAGGAAUUGGGAUGUUGUAUUUGUGAGAAGUGAGGCUUUCAAGCUAAAGGCAGUUUGUGCAUAUCUAGAUUGCCCAUGGGAGAUAUAUGCUUCCAAAAUGCAGCAUGAGAAGACCCUGCAGGCUAAGAAAUAUGAGGGUGAGCACACUUGUGGUAUUGUUUGGGAGAACCCCACUGUGAAGUGUAGUUGGCUCAGUGUCGAAUAUAUGGAAACAUUGAAGAGCAAUCCAAGAUGGCCAGUUAGCUCAUUCAUGGAGACUGUGAAGAAGGAUUAUAACACUGGAGUUUCUAGGCAACAAGUUUAUAGGGCUAAAGAGAGGGCAUUGUGGCAGAUUGAGGGAAUAUACACAGAACAAUACUCCAAAAUUUGGGAUUAUUGUGAAGAGUUAAGGAAGACCAAUCCAGAAACAACAACCAAAGUUCAAUGUGAUUUCAAUGAACAAUUGGGUCAUCUAGUGUUUCAAAGGUUAUAUGUGUGCCUAGGUGCAUGUAAAGCAGCGUUCAUUGCUGGAUGCAGAUCCAUUAUUGGAUUGGAUGGCUGCUUCUUAAAGGGUGUAUAUGGAGGGAAAUUUUUAGCAGCAGUUGAGAUUGUUAACCAGUUUGGAUACACUUUCGUAUCAGACAAGCAAAAAGGAUUAUUACCAACUUUUGAGCAAGUUGUUCCUAAUAGUGAACACAUGUUUUGUGCAAGACAUCUGUUCACCAACUUCAGAUUACAAUUCAAAGGGAAAGCUUUGUCUGACAAAUUCUGGGGUGCUGCAAAAGCAACAACUGUUCCACAGUUUGCAAGAUAG